CACCAGGGUGGUACUAACAGAAAUUGGAACACAUCAAACUACAAUCAUAAAGGAAACAUCAUAAGGAAGCUGUCUAAACCAGAAAUGGAAGACAGAAAAAUGAGGGGAUUAUGCUUCAAUUGUGAUGAGAAGUUUGUUCCAGGGCAUAAGUGUAAGAAUGUAUUCACCAUUGUUGGAGUUGAAGAAGAGCCAGAUGAAUGGGAAGGCUUGGAACAAUUGGAGGAAGUGCCAGAAGGGGUGGAAGAAGAGACUCUUGGCAUCUCUCUCACUGCAUUAACUGGACAGUCUACUGCCAACACAUUGAAGGUCAAGGGCAAGGUCAAGAACAAUUACUUGAAAAUGCUUCUUGACACAUGGAGCACUCACAGUUUCCUGGACCCUCAGACAACAAGACAACUAGGAUGUGAAGUGAUAUAUACUAACAAUUUGUUAGUCACAGUGGCCAAUGGGAAUCAAAUGGAUUGUAAUGCUAAAUGCCCAGCAUUUCAGUGGGAAAUGGGGAAGCAUCACUUCAUAUUUGAAAUGAGGCUGCUCAAGUUGGGGGGAUGUGAUGCAGUGAUUGGAGUGGACUUCAUGCAGAAAUUUGGACCAGUGCUAUUUGACCAUGUGAAUCAAUUUGUUACACUAAGACAUGGUAUUAAGGAUAUAACCAUCCAUGCUGAUAAACAGGAAGGCUCUAUCAGCAUGAUCACUGGCCAAAUGUUGAGCAAGAUGUUUAAGAAGGGGCAAGUAGGAUUGGGAUGUUUCUUCAUGAUGAGUGGAGAAUAGAAGGAACAGACUUUGGA